GAAUCAAUUCAUAGUAAUGAAUACAUAGCCAUUGAAGAUAUGAUUAUUAGUAGAAAUAAGUAUGAACGUCCUUUUCAGGGUUGUGAGCAGUUUUAUGUUAGAAGUAAACUUUCAGAUAAUUUUGUAAUCGGUAUUGAAUUUGACGUGGAUACACAAGGAGAAUACAUGCCAAAAAAAUUUGCAAAAAGGUUGUCAACUAUAAAAGCUUGGAAUAAUAUUCUAAACGAUUCAAUUAUUUCCGAUGUGAAAUUUACGUUUUAUGAUAUCAGCAAAAUUUUGGCCACUCGAUCAGAAUAUUUUGAAGAUUUUUCAAAAAGUUUUGGGCUGAAUCAAAAAAAAAAACAAUCCACAGAUAUCAAUGAACCUAUUUCUUCUUUGAAUGAUGCUAUGGACCUUGACAACCAAUUCUCCAUUCAUAAAAAAGCUGAAUAUAAAGCUGCGCUCGAUCUGCACGCAAUAGCGGAUAAAUAUUUGGUUGAUGAACAUGAAGCAUGGGCCAAAAAACUAAUUAGAGUCAUUAUCGAUCAAAAAUUCAGCUGA